AGGACACAAGCAGAGUGCUGGAAUAAAAAUGUAGCAGUCAGAAUAUGAAUCAGCACCCAUAUGGGAUCCUGACACAUGCAAGGUGUAGCCCUGCAGCCCGCUUCAUGCUUCCAAGGCUGGAGAACACACACACACCUCCAGUGUUGGUGUCAUUUGAAGAUGUGGCUGUGGACUUUACCCAGGAGGAAUGGCAGCACAUGGACAACACUCAGCGGACACUGUACAGGGAUGUGAUGCUUGAGACUUAUAACAAUCUGCUGUCCUUGGGGUACAGCUUGACAAAGCCUGAUGUGAUCUUGAAUUUGGAAUGGCAUUCAGCACCAUGGACAGUGGACAAAUCUACAAACCAGAGACUUCCAGGAUGCCUGAUGAAAUGACACUUGAGAUAAACCGUGCCUCUAAUUUCCCGGAGACCAAACUCCAGAGUGGGGAAAAUCUCAGUCAGCAUGAUAAGAUGCACACUUGUCAGCAGUCUUUUGAACACAGUGAGAAAGAAAAUACUUUCAGCAGGAAGAAGAUAUUCCUUGUGAGUGAGAAAGUUUAUACCAACAACGCAUGUAAUAAGCAGCCUGUCAAUGUCAGAGAGUCUGUUCAGCUUAAAGAGAAAAUGUUAAAUAACAA